GAGGAAACGCCGGUGUCAGGUAACCAGAGGGUGAGUUAGGAAAAAGGGCAGGCGCAAGGGUUUAGAGGAGGCCUGGACUUGAUGCUUCAAGGGUUUGGGUUCAGGGGUUAGAGCACCGAAUCUAUGGACCCCCAGGCUGACUCCUCAAUCUCAUUCCUUCCCCAUUUGGAGGCCAAGAUCCGCCAGACACACAACCUUGCACGCCUCCUGACCAAAUACGCAGAGCAACUGCUGGAGGAAUAUGUGCAGCAUCAGGGAGAUCCCUUUGGGCUGCCGGGCUUCUCACCACCGCGGCUGUCACUAGUCGGCCUGAGUAGCCCGUCCCCGAGCCACGCGGGACUACCGCUGUCGGAGCGGCUGCGUCUGGACGCGGCCGCCUUGGGUGCGCUCCCCGCGCUGUUGGAUGCUGUGCGUCGCCGCCAGGCAGAGCUGAACCCGCGCUCCCCGCGCCUGCUGCGGAGCCUGGAGGACGCGGCCCGACAGACUCGGGCCCUGGGAGCCGCGGUGGAAACGGUGCUGGCCGCUCUGGGCGCAGCAGCUCGCGGGCCCGACCCGGAGCCCGCCGCCUCCGCCCCCCUUUCCCCGGCCAGCAGCGCUUCGGGCGUCUUCUCAGCCAAGGUGCUGGGGCUCCACGUGUGCGGUCUCUAUGGCGAGUGGGUGAACUGCACAGAGGGCGACCUGAGCCAGCUGGUGCCUGGGGGCGUUGCCUGAGAGUAGGUACUCAGUACUGGCUCUUGCAAGCUCGCUCUGUCCCACCUUUUUGGCUUCGGAUUCUGUCUUCCCAUCUGUGUCAGUGUGUUCUUCAUUCUCUUUGGAUCUUGUCUCCUCAGGGAACUUCGCGUGCCUACCAGUUUCUCAUUUUUUUCUCUUU